GAGGGGACUCGCGCGCAUGCGCACUUCCGUUCAGCGAACCCAUGCCGACAUUUCAUACAAGCGCGGUCAGGAAAGUUUUCGCAUUCCCAUGAACACGUUUCUUCGUGUCAGGCGGACAGAGACGGCUACGCGAAGAACACUCUUCUCCUCGCUAAGAAGCGCCAUUCAGAGACCCGAGGUGAGAAGAGAGCUGUCCUGCCCGUGAGAUUCAGCUCAAGUCAGCGCGCUGACCUGUUCCGGCUUCCCCAGCAGCAGCAGUGGUGUGUGUGUGUGAGCGAUGGCUCCAGCGACGGGCAGUCCGCAAGGAUACACCCCUCCCGAGGGGGGGUGGGGGUGGAUGGUGGUGGUCGGAGCCUUCAUCUCCAUCGGCUUCUCCUACGCCUUCGCCAAGUCCAUCACCGUCUUCUUCAAGGAGAUCGAGAUCAUCUUCGACGCCACCAGCUCCCAGGUCUCGUGGAUCUCCUCCAUCAUGCUGGCGUGCAUGUACGGUGGAGGACCAAUCAGCAGCAUCCUGGUGAAUAAGUAUGGCAGUCGGCCGGUGAUGAUGUUCGGUGGGGUUCUGUCUGGGUGCGGACUCAUCGCUGCCUCGUUCUGCAACAGCGUGGAGGGCCUCUACUUCUGUGUGGGCGUCAUCGGAGGACUGGGUCUGUCGUUUAACCUGAACCCCGCCCUGACGAUGAUCGGUAAAUACUUCUACAAUCGGCGUCCCAUCGCCAACGGCAUUGCCAUGGCAGGCAGCCCCGUGUUCCUGUCGGCGCUGUCGCUGCUCAACACCUGGCUCUUCGACCAGUUCGGCUGGAGGGGCAGCUUCCUCAUCCUGGGGGGCCUCCUGUUCAACUGCUGCGUGGCCGGCUCCCUCAUGAGGCCCAUCGGCCCCAAGCCACUGCCUGCCAAGGCUGAGGAACCCAAGGUGGAGCUGAACGAGUCCGGCACGGAGAAGAAGAAGCAGAAGCGGACGGUGCUGCAGGUCAUCAACGGCUUCCUGGACCUGUCGCUCUUCAAGCACCGCGGCUUCCUGCUCUACCUCAGCGGAAACGUCAUCAUGUUCUUCGGCCUCUUCUCCCCCCUCAUCUUCCUCAGCAACUACGCCAAGGACGAAGGCAUCUCCAAGGAGAAGGCGGCCUUCCUGCUGUCCAUCCUGGCGUUCACGGACAUGAUCGCGCGCCCGUCCAUGGGCCUGUUGGCCAACACGCGGUGGGUGCGCCCGCGGAUCCAGUACUUCUUUGCCGCCUCGGUCAUGUACAACGGCGUGUGCCACCUGCUGGCGCCGCUGUCCAAGGACUACCUGGGCUUCGCCAUCUACGCCGUGUUCUUCGGCAUCGCCUUCGGCUGGCUCAGCUCCGUCCUCUUCGAGACCCUCAGCGACCUGGUCGGGUCGCAGCGGUUCUCCAGCGCCGUCGGACUCGUCACCAUCGUGGAGUGUGGACCGGUGCUGCUGGGACCACCGCUACUAGGUAAGCUGAAGGACGUCUACAAGAACUACCGGUACACGUACCAGGCGUGCGGUGCCAUCCUGGUGGUGUCGAGCGUGUAUCUGUUCGUGGCCAUGGGCUUCAACUACCACAUGCUGGACAAGGAGAAGCGCGAGGAGGAGCGGCGCGCCGUGGACCAGGAGGCCAAUGCCCACAACGCCAGCAAGGAGAAGGAGGCGGAGCCCAACGCAGCCACGCCCCUCACCGCCCUCGAGAUCAAGGAGGACACCGUGUAGGCCCUCAAAGUGGUGCACAACCUGGUGAACUCUGACCUCUCACCUUUAACCCACCUGGCCCAAACGCGUCACCAUUCGCUGAAGAACUGGAAGAUAAGUUAAUCGGAUGACAGCUACGAACGAACGAACAAACAAACGAACAAACAAACUGUAAACAAGAGUGAUUUACUCUUACUUAGUGACACGAGUGCACACACACACACACACACACACACACACACACACACACACACACACACACACACACACAAUCAUGUAACAAACCCAUUUGACACUCCGUUACAUGGACACUGAAUGCCCAUGAAGAGAGGACUGUAGGAAGACUGAAUGAAAGCACAAGG